AUGGAGAGGCUGCUGCAGGACCUGGGGGGUGCAAACGGUAGGGACCUUAUGGGUGUGCCACUUCUAGAUGAGGUGCGCAUGGAGCACAUCUGGCGUGUGCAGAAAGCGGCAUGUCAGGUGCAUUCAGGGCGUGCGGGAACCAGUGCAAAUGCGCUGAAUUUUCAGCUCUACCUGCUGGAAGGCCUGAACAGGUGGAAUCAGGACCGGGCAGCUGCAUCAGUGACCAGCAAGCCAGCGUCCCUUCUCACGUCGCCCGGAAAUGACCCACUGUGUCAACACCAACAGCCUGAAGGUGUUCGAGAAACAGAAAACCUGUUGGAGGAUGUGGAUGAAGGCGUGGACGAAGAGGACGAGGGCUUCGGGGAACCAGCUGCCUCCUCCACCUUGGCUGCGGCUUCAUUUAUUCAGCCUGCUGCCUCCUCCAUGCCAGGUGCAUCAGAAUCUGUGGCUUUAGAUAGUGCUGGUGUGCCAGGCAUGGACAGAGUGGACAGCCUGGCGGAGUAUCUGGUGGAGCUUAAGAAUCAGUCAUCGCUGAUCCUCACCAACCAGCAGGUGAGCAACAUAGUUGCUCUUUGGCAGAACCUGCUGGACUAUGAUAAGCAGAGGGUGGUGUUUGCUGCCAGACACCAGAGCAAGCUGGACACGGGGAGGUUCAGAUCCCCCAAGAAGAGGCAGGAGUUCACUCCAGGGGUGGAAAGUGUAAAGAGGCAUGCACUCACCACCACUGCCCCUCUUGCCCAGUGGCCAGAUUGCUGUCGUCUCAUCGAGACCAUUUUUGUCAAGCUCUGUGCCAUUCACAAAAGCCCAAAGAAGAAGGGGGUUGGCACAGUGUCGAGGUGGGACCUCAUCUUGGAGGACUAUAAAAAAAUCAGGCAGCGUAUUCUGACCAAUGCCGCCGUUAUGCAGCAGACCACCUUGCAGCUGGUGAAUGUGAGCCACACCACACUGGUUCAGUGGCACAACAAGAGGGUGAAAAGGCAGGACAGCGCAGUUUUGAUGCAGGGGCUGCAACUGCCUAGCCGUUUGUCUGUGGCAGCCGACCCUCUACCCUCUGCCAAUGUGCGCCCCCAUCUCUGCCCCCAAGCAGGACCAUCUCACCAAUACCACCUGCCCAGUAGCACUGUGGGCCAGGCACGUGUGAAGAAGAGGAAGAGGAACAUCGCUGCAGCGGAGAUACCUCAAAUCCCUCGGCGACUUUUACCUGCUCCACUCCCAGGUGCUCAGCUGGUGAUGCUGGCUCCAUUGGCCACGCAGGGACUAACAGGGCCUCCUGCUCCAGCUCGUGCUCCAGUUAGAAAACUGACCCAUGAGUAG